AUGGUUGAAAUCCGCGCUGCAGCCAAAUGCACGGAGGUGACUCCUCAAUGUCCAGUCGAGGGCACCAUCUACGGCUACGCACCUGAUCUUGUAUUCAGCGUUGAGUUCUGUUUGAUAUUCGGUGCUUGUUCUCUGAUACAGCUCGGCCAGAUGAUCAGAUGGCGCCUUUGGUCUUUUAGUAUUGCCGUGAUUCUCGGUUCUUCGACUGAGGUUAUUGGCUAUUUUGGUCGUAUAUUGUUGAACCAGAACCCAUAUUCAUCUGCCGGCUUCAAGACGCAGAUUUGCACUUUGACACUGGCACCCGCUUUCUGGUCGGCGGCUAUAUACCUCACGCUGAAGCAUGCAGUGAACGUUCUGGGGCAACAACACUCGGCACUGAGGGCGAAGUGGUAUCCCUACCUCUUUGUCACCUGCGAUACCGUUUCGUUGAUUCUCCAAGGCGCUGGCGGUGGGCUUGCGGCAGCAGCUAAAACAACCAAAGCUAGUGAUAUGGGCAGCAAUGUCAUGCUGGCCGGGAUUGUUUGGCAAGUGGUCACCUUGACGAUAUUUGGGGUGAUGUCGGGCCACUUUCUUCUCCGUAUAAAGAACGCCCCGAAAGAUGGAUUGACGGUUGAGGCCAGAAAAGUCUGGAACAGCCGCAAUUUCUGGGUAUUCUUUUGGGGUAUCUUUGUGUCAUUCAUAACAACUUAUGUCCGUUGUGUGUAUCGCAUCGCGGAAAUGGCUGGUGGGUGGAAAAAUCACAUAAUGCAGAACGAACUUGAUUUUACUAUCCUUGAAUCGAUGUAA